UGCGUGCACAUGUGACUUGUGAAGGCGCUUACUGGUAUUUAAAAAUCAUCGAUCGGGUGCUGAAGUGGACAGCUCCUCAUGCAGAUAAAACAAGCCAAAAAACAAUGGCUCGCUUUGCUCCUUCUCGUGGACGCGGAAAGGCGAACCUAACUUGUCCGGCAGCGCAUUUUCUUUGAACAUUUAUUUUAAGCUGCUGUAGAGAAAGGCGCAGCGUUCUCUACGCAAGGCGGAUGUUGUGACACCUGUGGCUGAAUCUGGAUCACAAUUUCGUGAAAAGGUGGUUGGGUUGUUUCACAUUCGCAUCCGUCCUGCAGGAGACGGGCUCCGGAGCCGUUCAAUCUAGUGUGGGAAACCGCAAAAGGUAAUCUAAAGCCUUUUAGUCUACGGACGCAUUAAUUUCUAAGCCACUCUGUAUCUGCUUGGACAGGAAGGAGCAUGGAGAGAGAGGAAUUUUCUCUCACUAGUGCGUUGAGUGGGUUUGUAGAGCGGCUGGUGUGCUCCCGUGGAAACUGAACAGGCUAAAGCAUCGUUACAAUAAGUUCGCUAUUUCCAGUUUUUUUUUUUCUUCAUAUUUUAUAAGAAGGAUAUAGAUUGAUUUUACAUCAGUCAUGGGAAAAGAGGAGUGCAAAACAAUGCUGGACGCUCUAAACAAAGUGACCGCCUGCUACAGGCAUUUGGUCAUCGCUCUUGGGAGCACUUCGGACUCGCAGAACCUGCGAGAGGAGCUGAAGAAGACCCGCAAAAAGGCCCAGGAGCUGGCGGUGGCCAACAGGACUAAACUGACUUCUCUGCUCAAAGAUAAGACCAUCAGCAAAGAGGACCGGGCCGAGUACGAACGCCUAUGGGUGCUGUUCUCUAGCUGCAUGGAGCUCCUGGAGGUGGACAUGAAAAGAUCCUUAGAGAUAGGACAGGCUUUCCCCCUCAAGGUACCGACAAGACACCUCAUUCAAACGGGGAUGACCGGCAGCACCACUACCGUGGCGGCCCGGGCCAUGAGCGUACAGAAUAUGAAGUACGAGGCAGACAGCAACAUCGACACGGCAGAUCUCAGAGACUUGCAGGCCGAGAUCACCCAGGUGAGCCAGAUGAUGGAGGAGAUGGAGAUGAAGGUGCAGGUGGCGCCGUGGGCCGUAGAGGCGAAGCAGGAGGCAGGGGCUGAGCUCAAGUCCAACAUGAGUGUAGGGAACUCCUCCGUGGGUGUCAUCUCGAUCUGCGAAGAGGAGCCCAAAGAAGAAGAAGGUGGUGGAGGCAACAGGGAUGCUGGAUUUGCGUCAAUCUGCGCUGUGAUUGGAUUCUUUGGCAUCGUUAUUGUCGCUUUGGUUCUAGGGUAUUUGGUCGUCAAUAUGUCCUGAACUUUCAAACCAACAGCCCACCCUGAUGGACAUCCUGUGAAGCUGCCCAGGGAGCGUCACCGUGGGGAAGACUCUGCAGGCCCACGAGAGUGAGAGAGAGAGAGAGGUUUUUUUUGGGGGGGGGCUUGAAAAAAAAUGUGGACACAAAAAAAGUUAUUAAGCUUUCUUGGAUUUGUAUUUGGCGGAGGUCAGAAGUUGCACUAGAUAGGAUAAAAUGUACUAGAAAAAUAUAGCCAGUGUGAAAAUAAUGGAAGUGAGGGACAAAAAGUAUUUUUUGGGGAGGGACAGUGGGUCAUUUAUUUUUGGAAGAGGGGGGAAAGUCAGAAAAUUACGUGACAGAGUCUGGCCAUCAGGAUGAUAUAAACAACACAUAAUCCAAGUGGAUUAGUGGAAAAGCUCAAGCAGAAAUGUAGCCUACAGUUAACGAUUCCUCAUGAUGUUCUAUGGAUUGACGCUUUUAAUUCAGGAAAGUUAGAUGCGUUCAAAUGAACAGGGGACCAUCUACUCAGAAAAAAAUGUCAUGUCUUAUUGAAACUAUAGUGGUAGCUAGCACAGUUAAUCUCUGCGCCUGCAACUACACUGGUUGGGUGUUAUCAAAUCUGCACUCUUCUACACUCCUGUCAGCACAGUUUUAAUGCGUCAUAAUAAUCUGUAUAGCCAGAUUGUAAUAGGCCUGCAUCUUACUUUACUGCAUCAAAUCACAAUGUGCUUCAUGCAAGCCUUUGGACCUAAGAGAUGUUCACAGUUUUUUAAUAAUUCACCCAUUCACUGCAAGCCUGUUCCUGUUCAGGGUUUUCUUGCAGUGUUGAAUGUACAUUGCAACAUGAAUAGAAAGUUUGUAUAUACUGCUGUGUCAGAUAAUGUACAUACAAUCAAGUAUAUUUAUUAUAAUAAAACUCUGAAACACACUUGAAACGUGCUUGUAGUUUAGUACAUGCUUCACAAACAAUGACCAGACAUGCAUGUAAAAUCACUUUCUGUUGUGUGAGGCUUUGUGUACCUGUUUUUGAGAUAAAUAAAAACCAGGCCUAGUUUGUAAUCACUGUUAAGCUAAGGAUCUAUACAUCAAAUGUACACAGAUAUAUUUUAAGAAGGGAAUAAUCUCAGACUUAACCACCUUAGGUUUAAAAUAGUGCUUAAUUUAAAUGGAAAGGAGACUAUGCUUUAAUUCCAUAAUGGGUUUAUGUUUAAGAGUCUUUAAAGGUAUUUCUGAACUAGCACCCAGAUAAACUGGAGGCAGCCAGAGUUAAAGUUUCCAUGCAUGUGGUUGUUAGUUAGGGGUUGGUGUGUGCAAGAACAGUUUUCCUUAGCCCAGAAUGAAUAUAGAUUCAAAUUAAUUAUUAAUUUGCAGAACAGACGUGGGUGUUGUUCCAGAAAUAUUUUCAAGUUAUGUUAAUCACAUGUUUUAGUAAUGUUUGAAGCAAUAAUCUUAACAUAACGAGAUGAUGGUAGGUCAUAUAACACAUCUGACUGAAUUUAGUACUUAUAAAACCUUCCUAAAUUUCAUAAAAUAAUACUAUGCACAUCUUCCACUUUAUUAUGUCUACAAAAAAGUCUGACCAAAAAAAAAAUUGAGUUGUCAGAACACAAAUACACGUUUUGUAUUCUUUUUCUAUCUCUGCAUUUAAUAUGAUAGCAGACGUGCAUUUGGUCAGAAAUUUAUGUGCAAACAUUUAUAGGAAUAAAAAAAGUUUUUUUAAAUGCAUCUAAAUAUAAUAAAGUUUGUGAAAAGUUUGUCAACAUUUGGCCUGGGAAUCACAGUAACUUGCACUUUGAAACUAUCAGGAUACAUUUUCCAUAAAGAUGGUGCCAAGAGACUCCAGUUCUGUGAUACUUGAUGCACUGCAAGAAAAUAAGCCACAAUGUCUUUGUAAGUGAAAAAGAAAGCUGGGAUUUAUGCAUAAAUUCACUGCAUUUUGGUGUCUGUGUGUGUGUGUGUGUAUUAUCAUUAUUAUUCAUUUUAAAAAAUAUGCCAGUUCA